UCACAACCCCCAGUUUGAGAACCCCUGCUCUAGAGACUGCAGCAUACAGCGUAAUGUGUCAGUUUGUGGGGCUGUUCUGCUCCAAGAGCGGCAGGGGUCUGCCCGCCGGGCUGCUGUUGCUGCACAGCAGCUCCCUGGGAGACUGACUGCGGAUGCCCAGCCAAGAUUGGUCCUGUGCCAGGACCCCCGCUUCGCGCUGGUCACCACGUGCCUGGCCCCGCCCACUCCCUGUCUCAGGCGACUUAAGCUACAGCCGCCCCGGCCCUGAACGGGUUAACUCAGCAGCUCAUAGGCCCCGCCCCCUACAGGUGGCUCUAUACGUGUACGGGUUCCACCAUUGCCCCGCCCCGCGGGGCUGCGCACGCGCCGCACAGACACCGGAAGGCAAGUGCUGUUGAGCAACUGGCAGUCGUGCGCGUGGGGGAUCCGGCUCCGCGCGACUCUCGCUAACACACAAAAUGGCCAAGAGUUUAAGGAGUAAAUGGAAGAGAAAGAUGCGAGCUGAGAAGAGGAAGAAGAAUGCGCCGAAGGAACUCAGCCGAUUAAAAAACAUCCUGAAAGCAAAUGCUGAUGUUGUAAUGGAGGAGGUUAAGGAAAUAGCAGCGGUGGUCACCCCCGAGAAAGUCAAAGAUCAAGAUGAAGUUAAGAUGGAGACACAGAUUAAAAGAAACAAAAAGAAUCUCUUAGAUCAACAUGGACAGUACCCAGUAUGGAUGAAUCCCAGACAGAGGAAGAAGCUUAAGGCAAAACGGGUUAAAGGAAAAAACAAAUCCAAAGUGGCCAAGGGAUUAGCAUGGUAGCUUUGAAGAAAUUUGAAGGGUGGAAAAGAGACUGUAGAAAACAGAGGUCACCAAAGAUUGAGUAUGUGAUCAGCUGGGUCCAGCUACCAAGUGUAAAUUAUCAUUAAGUCUGGAGAGACUAUUAGAUCAAAAAUUGAUGAAAGGGACAUCAGUUUUAUAUCUAGUUAAUUUUAAAAGAAAAUGAAUUAAAAGUGUUAAGUGUUUCACCUGCCUUUGAGGUGACCAAUAUUUGUGGGUAUGCAUUUUUAAAUAUUUUUCUCACUUGUUGCUGUGUUGGUCUUGAACACAGGAACAACGGAGAAACCAUGGAACCAACUAUGCACUAUAAGAGGUAAAAUAUUUUUACAGAAGCAUUUUCUGUAAAUUGACAGUGUCCCUUUACUUUUCCUGUAGAACUAUUUUUUGUUUGUUUUAAUAUUGAAGUAUUAAAUUAUGAAAACAUAUUAUGUGACUUUAUAUAGACAUUAUAAACUGAAAUUUGGUUCAAAUUGAAACAUAGAAAACCCAAGACAAAUAAAAUGUUGCUAGUGAUUAUUUUUAAAAAUUCCAAUAGAAACGAUUAUUUUUAAACAAAGAAACCUUGUGUUACAGUGUUUGCAACCCAAACAUUGCAGCACUGAGAAAUUGAAAGUAAAAUAGACUUAAUGGAUUUUCAUUGUCCAUCUGAAAGAAUGCAAAGGCAUAAAGAGUAAAAAUAAAAUAAAAAAAUAUAAACUAUACUUUAAACAUUUUUCUGAACAGUUGUAAUAUAGGUAAAUAAACAUGUUGGCAAUACA